CUUUAAUCGUGAGUCAUGAACGAGUCAGAUGGAAAAUGUUUUUUUAUGAUUACCGUGGUUUAAGGAUAAUAUUCGUGUUGAUAAGGAGUUCGCUAUCUAUUUGUUUAUAUCCACAAUCUAGUAUUUAUGGUCCUAGUAUAAUAUUGUGGUCUAUUGCAUGAUAUUAACUUAAUUUGCUUGGUAAAAUUGUGUGUAUGUGGAUGAUUUGCAUUCGUUUUAUCUGAGAAUGUCACGUAAGUCUUAUGUAAACUAAUUUUGAAUAUUUUUGUUACAUAUUCUAAUAAAUAACUAUUCAAUAAUGGUAAUGGUGCUGACUUAAUUGCUUUGAUUCAUACCGCCUUCAAUGGUAUACCUUACAGUUACUGUAUGAAUCUAGAGAUAAAUAUAUUUGAACUGUUACCAUGGCUUACCAUACAUUACGACAGGAAUAUAUGCAAAUGCCACCUGUCACAAGAGCUUAUACAACAGCUUGUGUACUUACUACAAUAGCGGUCGUAAGUCAACCAUUUUCAUAUAGUUUGGUUACAAUUAGAUGAAAAUAAUAAUACUAUUAAUUUUACUUCUAGCAGUUGGACGUGGUUUCUCCAUUUCAAUUGUAUUUCAAUCCAUUACUAAUACUAAAACAAUUUCAAGUAUGUAAUAAUAUUACAUUUAAAACUAAAAUAUAAUAGUAUAAUAUGUUGCAUUGAUUGUACAACAAAGGUCCUAAUAAAAAGAGUCACUGUACUAUAAUAUAGUCCCAAUGAAUUGCUAAUAUUUUUCAAAUUUUUUAAUUAAAUUUGAAUUUAUAAAGCUAAAAUCUUAGCCAUAGUUAGAUCAUUGUAUGAAUAAUUGAAAACAGUUUUGUUAUCAAUCUACUGUAAUUUUCAAGAUCUAUACAUGUAGCUCACAUGGUGUCAUAAUGCUUUAAUUGAUCUGUUGAUAGUUUAGUGGAGUUUAAUCAAAAUAAUGAAAUAUUAAACUCAAUGUAAUACAUAUUAAUAAUCAACAGAUAACUGGUGGUAGAAUUAAGAAUAUCAUUUUGCAGUAUUUUUAUGGGGCUCAAUUUGAUGAUUGAUAAUGCGAGUUGCCGAUAAAAUUGUAUUAUUAUUUUAACAGUGUAUGAAAUUCUUAUUAUAGAAUUGUAUUAUCAAUAUUAUUUUAUAAUAGAUCAUUAAAAUUAUGGUAGAUCACUUAUGAUACCAUUACCAAAUAAUAAUUUUUAUUUAUCUAUCUUUGAAAAGUUUUUAUUGAUAAUCUUUUAAAAAGCCUCAGAUUUCUCAGUAACUUGUUACCCAGAGUUAUAUAAAUAACUAUCAGUAAUUAAACUCAAAACAAUUAGUUUAUAAUCCAUAAUUUAAAAAUUACAUAAAUGAAAUUAAAGAAUGAUGAGGAUAUAAACAAUUUGGAAAAAUGAAUACUGAAUCAGCAAUAUUCGAGAUAUUAGAGAAUGUUUCGUGAAAUAAAAAUCUGGUAGGUUAAGUUAGGCAGGAAGAUACGCAGUGGAUCGUGUAAUGUACACUGUACAGCUGAUUUUAAGAGCAAUGAAAAAGAAAAAACCUGUAGGUCCAGAUGGUAUACCAAUUAAAGUAUAACAAAAGGUAUGGAAGUUAUAGACUGGUUAAAUGAUUUUGUUUAAUAAAGUGAAAGGGAAAAUGCUAGAUGAGUAGAGGAAGAGUUUUGUAAUACUUAUUUUUAAAGGGAAGGAAAAUGUAAAAGAAUAAAAUUGGUGAAUCAUAAUAUGAAGAUAUGAAAAAAAAAUUAAAAAAAGAGAAUUAGAAGUGAAACAUCAAUAUCUAAGAAACAGUUUGAUUUUAUGUCACGGAAAUUGACUAUGUACUAUUAAGUGUGGUUGGAGAAAGUGGAGAGAAGCGUUAGGUAUUUUGUGUGAAGAAAAUUCCAAUGAGACUUAAAGGUAAGUUCUUCAAAAGUAUGGUGGGACAAGUAAUAUUGUAUGGUCCGGAAUCAUAGGCACCGACUUCACGGGGGCAUAGCCCCUGUACUUCAAUUAUAAAGUAGGUAAAACGUAAAAAUUUUGCUUUUGUGUAUAAAAGAAUACUAUGUAAAAUAGUUUAAGUUUCUUAUGUGUUCCUGUGCUAAAAUCCAAAAGUCUACGCCCGUGUAUGGUAGACAGAAAAAAUAUAACAGAAUGAGUGUUACAGAUAUGAGAAUGUUUAAGGGGAUGAGAAGAGGGACAAGAGGUGGAAUGAUUACAUAAGAGGUAGCUUUGAUAGUACACAAAAUGAGAGAAAAUAGAGAUGGUUCGUGGGCAUGUCACUGGAAGAAAAGAAUCUGAAAUAGUAAAAAUUAUAAUGGAUAUAUGGAUAGGAGGAAAGAAAAGAAGAGAAAGACCAAAUAAGUAAUUAGAUGUGAUUCAGAAUGAUAUGAGAACAGCAGGUGUAUGAGAGGAUGAUGUGGGGAAUUGGGCCAAGUGGAAGUUUAAGACAAGGGUGGCUGACUCCAAAUAUUUGGGAUGAAGGGGAAAGAUAAGAAAAUAUUAAUACAAUGAAAGUUGAAGUAAAUUCAAACUUAUUUAAAACAGCAACUGGUUAACAUCUCAAUAUUAAUAGGUUUUAGUAAUCAAAACCUUAGGAAAAUAUUUAUUAUAGUAUAAUAAAUAGAGAAUAAAUUAUGAGUUAUGAUUUUACCAAUUAUAAUUAAUAAAACUGAAGUUAGUGCACAUAAUUGAAAAUUAUUUUCUUUAAAUUGCCUUGUAUUGAAAUAAUUGAAACUUUUAAUACAUAGAGACUUUCAGUAUAGAGUCAUUUAGAUUGUUGCAAUCUUAUGUUUUUCAGAUAUGGAGAGUGCUAACAACUUUUUUAUUCUUUGGAAAUAUUGGUUUUAAUUUUCUAUUUAACAUGAUUUUCACAUAUCGUUAUUGCCGUAUGCUUGAAGAAGGAUCGUUUCGCUCUAGAACUGCUGAUUUUGUUAUGAUGUUUUUAUUUGGUGCUACUUCAAUGAUUGUAUCCUUUUUUAAGAUUAAUUAUAUUAAAUUUUUUUUACAUGACAUAAGGUAAGUGCAAUAAGUCUAGAAGGAUUUUUAUUUGAAAUUGUUAAAAUGUGAAAUAAUAAAAUAAUGAACAAUUUUCAAAAUAUAUUCCUAUGAAAUUUAAGUGUUUUCCAGUGUAUUGUUAUUUAAUACAUUGAUCAAUUAUCUAUAAUACACUCAUUAUUUCAGAAAGUAUUCAGAUACUUUUUCUAAAUUAUUUUGUUAUUGGACAAUUUAAGAAACAAGCAGAUCUAAAAUGUUGCACUACUAUUAUAUUUUGUUACUCUUUUGACAGUUAAACCACUACUCACUUUUUAUUUUUAAAUAUCAAUCUAUACUAAAAAUUACUUAAAGAGAUAAAGUUUUAUUGUUGGUGUUGAUACAUUUAAUUUUUGUCAAUUUAAUGAUGAGAUAUUCUACUUUCAAAUUUAGGUAGUGUGAGAGAGUAGUGUUAUGCUGCUACAUAAAUGAUGCUCCACUUCAUUUCUCCUACCCAAACUUAAAAGUGAUAUAUUUUGUUAUAAUGUGUGUAGUAAUGAGCGUCUCAAAUGUUUAUCAUCUUGCAUAGAAUCAAAUGAAUUAGUUUAAUAUUUAAAAGAUUCAGUUUUCCAAAAGUACUCAAGUAAUAUUUAUAAUAAUAUUGAACCUUUAUGUAAUACAUCAAUAAAUAUAAUUAAUAUUAUUACUAAUAAGUAAAGUCUGGAUUUUUACAUACUGUGAUUGAUGUAGUUUUAUAUAGAAUGUGGACAUUUUGUUCAACACAGAGUUCACAAGAAAACAAUUUUUGUAUAUUUGAAAAUAUUUUAGGUAUUAGAGAACAUUUAGUAUACUUAAAAUAUUUUGUGAAUUGCAAAAGAAUAAUAUUAUUUUUUUGUAAUUUUAAAUUAUUAUUUAUUUUAAUAUUAAUGUACCCGAAAAAAAAUAUAAUUUGUAUCAUUUUACAGCCAUAAUUUUUGUAUAUUUUUAAAUUUUUUAGAUAAUUUAAGAGCAUUUUAAGUGUUUUAAAAGAAUUUAAAUCUGGGCUAUACUAAGUAAUUAACCCUGAUGUUAUUUUUUAGAAUAAUUCAAUAGAUAUUAAAAUUAAUAAAAAAUAAUUGUCUUACCAAUAAAAUAAUAAUUUGUUUAAAAAAAGGAACAACUCUUCUUUACCAUGCCAUUUUUUAAAAAAAUUUUUUUUGAAAAAACACAUUUUUUCAAUACUGAAAAAGUUUGAAUUUUUCUGUAAAAACCAUUAUUAAAAAAGUUAAAACAAAAAUUUGUAUGUUUAGAAAUAAUAAUGUUUUCAAGAACCGCUAAAUAAACAAAUACAGAUUAUGUCUGCCAGCUUCGAUCAUCAACUCGAGUGCAGCUUUCUUUGACCCCCCUUUUAAGGGGCUUAUUGACAUAACCCAUAAUCGCAACUUAAAUAGUUCCAAGGAGGGUGUGUUCUAAAUUUGCACCUAAAUCUCAUUAUGUGAGAUCCAGACCUUCAGAAAUCUCAAUUUAUGAGGUUGGUCUCUUGCUAAACCAUAAAAACAACAAACGUCAAAUAGCUAUAACUUCUUUAUAAUAACGGUUACCAUAAACUAAUCAAAUAACUUUAGAAUCAAAGUUGAAAAAUCCUUAAAAAAAAAAAAUUAGGAGGGCAUCUUAAAUGUGAAUUAAAUAAAGGAAAAUGUAGUGCAAAUUUAAUAUUUUAUACUGCCUAAUUUCUUCAUUGAAAAUACAGAAAACUAUUUUAUUAUUUUCUUUAUCAUCAGGUUUAUAUUAUUAAAAUUAGUAAAUAAAUAUCAUAUUCUGCUAUUUAAUAUUAGGUGAAUUAUAAAAACUACUGUUAAUAUAAAUUACAUAAAAUCUUAACUCAUAAUUUUUUUAAAUAAAAUGUUUACCAUUGUUUUUGUGUUUUAGGGUAUUCUUUCUAUAGUAUCAGUUUAUUCAAUCGCAAAUAUUUCUUUACUAUUUUAAUUAGAUAUGGGCAUUUUUCAUAAACUUGUUAUUCUUAGGACAAGCAUUGACAAUUAUGUUGGUAUAUAUUUGGUCUCGAAGAAAUCCUUAUGUCAGAAUGAAUUUCUUUGGCGUAUUAAACUUCCAGGUGAAUAUUUAAUUUGAUAUUUGCUGUAUAACAUACAAUAGAUAUGUAUAUAUUUUAAAUACUCAUAAAUAUAAAGUGAAUAUGUAAAAUAAUAUAUAAUAUAUUAUACCGAACACCUUAUUUUUUUUUUUUUGUAUUUUUUAUAAUAAUCUUUUAAGAUAGUCUAAAACAAUUCUACACAUUUUAUGUUUAGCACUAUGGUUUUUAAAAUUUAAAAUUGUUAUUAAAUGUAAUAGGUAUAGUACUAUUAAAUUUAUUCAAUAUUUAAUGAUUUUAUUUAGCACUAACAAUUCAAAUUCAUUAAGCCCUUAUAUUUUGUGUGACAUGUUUUACUUAUUAAAUAAUAAUUUGAAUCUAUUGUAAAAUUAUUAGUUAUUCUGCAAUGCUUUGCUUAUCCACGGUAUUGAAUGGAAAAAUAAAAUAAGCAUCAGACCUCUAUGUUAGUUUUAUGAACAUACAGACAAUUCUUUAAUUAGUGAAUUCCCAUCAUGCUUGUCUAUGAUGUUGCCCAUUAUACUUCAAUUAAUACAAACAAUAAUAACUGUAGAAAAGUAAAAUAUUCAAACUUUUUAUAUUAAUAUUGUUAUUUUCAAUUCUUGGAAUGUAUUGAUUUUACAAUGGUAUUUGUUAUUUUAUUUUUCUAUCUAUCAACUUUACAAUCAGAAAUUUUGCUCCAAUUUUCAAGUGUAGUACUUUUUUUGAAAGCAAAUUUGAUUGGGGUUGUAUUUUAAGGAAUUCAAUUUUUGAUUUUCCCAUGAGUUUUUUAUCAUAAAUGGAAAUAAAAGGGAAAAUUAACAAAAUUUAUUAUUUUCAAAUAGUAAAUACUACGGCCUUUUAAAAUAUGUACAACCGAAUUCUAUUCAGAAUUGUGUUUUUGUUAGCAAUGGUUGAUCUGUACAUACAUAGGUACAUUAAAUUUCUCAUCAUAGGAAAUAUUUCCUUUGUUUUUUUUUAAUUAAAAAUUUAAUAAUGUUCUUAUGUAUAUUAAUUUUAUGCUAUUUUGUUAUUAGGCUCCAUAUUUACCAUGGGUAUUGCUUGGUUUUUCAAUUCUUUUGGGCAAUACACCGUGGAUAGAUCUGAUGGGAAUUAUCGUCGGCCAUUGUUAUUAUUAUCUAGAAGAUGUGCUUCCUCUUUAUGGAGACAAUGUUAAAGUUCUUAAAACACCACAAUUUUUGUAAGGAUUUUGUUUUUAAAAUAUAUUUAUUGGUUAAAUUGCAUUUACAACAUUCAAAAACAAAAAUUGUAAAUAUUUAAUUGGAUAACUUUAUAAGUGUAAUAAAAAUUUUUCCCUUAUACUCUAAAAAUAACAAAAGUAGUGGAACAGUUUUUAAUAUAAUUAGUUAUAUUUUUUCUUUAUGCAUGAAAUUGUAUGCUAUCACAAUAAAAACAAAAUACAAAAUUAAUAAAUAUAAUUCUAAUAAUUUUGGUAACAUAAUACUUAAUAUUAUAAUCUGUUAUUGUAAAUUGAAACCACCAACAUUGAUUUCUAUUGAAAAUAUCUGUAUUUAAAGAUAUUUGUAAUUUAUACCUAGAUGUUAGUAAAACAUGACAAUUGAGAAAGCAGAACAGAAUGGAAUAGAAGAUUGCAAGAUGCGGUGUCUGAAAAGAAUGUUCAAGAUAAGUUGGAUGGAUAGAAUAACAAAUGAAAAAUUAUGGGAGAGAAUAAUGGUGAAAAGUUAGAAUAGCAUUAAGAAAAGGAGAAUUAAUGGGUUGACCAUGAAUUAAAAUGUGGUGGGUUCCUUGGACUAAUUAUUAAAGGGUAGUAAAGGAAAAAACUGUAGAGGUAGACCUCGCUUAAGGGUACAGCCAACAGAUAUUGAAAGACCAGAAAUGCAAUUUUCAUAAGGAAAUAAAAGGAAGACAUGUAAUAAGAAAGAGUGGAGUAGCUGCAAAAUAAUUUCAGAAUUGAAUACAAAAGAACCUAGAUUUUACAUCAAUUUUUUUUAAAUACAUUUUUCCAGUACUAAAGAAAAACUGAUCAAAAAUACACAACCAAUUCUUAUAACUAUAUGUUUAAACUUAUUUCAGCAAUUUAGAUUUUUUUGGCAUAAUGUAUUAAUGUUUUUUUUUCCAACUAGAAAACAUCUCCUCGAUCCAGUACCAGAAGAGGAACAUGUUCCACCACCGGAAUAUCGCCCUGGAGGUUUUAAUUGGGGAAAUGAACCUGAUGCUCCACCGCCUGAAGUUCAACAUGACAAUUGAGUCAAUGUAUAUAAUGUAUACAAAUAUGUCAUGUUAACUGUUAAUUGAGAUUUGUAAAUAUUAACAUUAAAUUUAAUUAACCAAUUAUUUUUAUAGGUAAUUAUUUAUUUAUAUGCAUGUUUGUUUAUACUUCUUUAUUCAAAAAUCAGAUUGUGUAUAAACUUUCUAAUAUUACUUUUUUUUUUUUUUUAAAUACAAAUUUUGAGGAAAUCAAUUAAGUAUAAACAAAUUUCACAACAUUAGUAAUAACUAUGAAAACAGUACAGGGUGCUUAUAGAAAUAUGUAUGAUGUAAAAAAAGAAAUACACUUAUUAAAUAAUAUUGGUAUAUCAAUAAAGUAUCCAAAUAUGCAUAAUAAUUUGUUUUUUUUUUUUUUAAUAUAUAUAUAUAAAUUAAAAGUAACAAGGUAUCUCUUUAUUAUAAUUUAUAACUAUUAUCACUAUACAUAUAUUUCUUUAAAUGCUUUAGUUUUAUAUAUAAAAAAAAUAAUACAUAUAUUAAAGAUAUAUUAUGCAAUUUUUCACAAAUUAUGACUAGAUUUUACAAUUAAUUGAUCCAUUGUUAAAACAUACAUAGAGAAUAAUAUUUAAGGUUUUUAAAAGUCAAAAUGGCUAAACUUCUAACAAAUUUAAUUAUUUACUAUAUUAAACAUAAUAUCCUACAACACCCUGUAACACACACAUUUGUAAGUAACAUAAAUGCUUUUGAUAACUCUUAAAAAGAAUUUAUGUAUAUAUAUAUAAUUAUUUACAUCAGUUAAUUUCAGUUUAAUAUACAGAAUGCACAUGAUAAUAAUUUACCAUAAUAUACAUUUAAAAAAUGGAAAGUUAAAAAGAAAGCUACAUCUUUAAACAGAUAUUUCAUAAUUUUUAUCAUAAGAACUUUUUCGAUCAGGACUUCCACCAUCAGUGCUAUUUCCCCUAUUAAUUGACAUUUCCAUAGCAUCAUGGUCCAAUGCCCUGGCAAAAGACAUCGGUCUUCUAGUCUGUACAGGUGGAGGUUUUUUCUUACCGACAGGUGAAGGUUGAGGUGGAUAUACUGGAACCCCUCCACGAACUGGAUAAUAACUUUUUGUAGUUGGACUAGUAGGAUUAGAUCUAUAAUCAUUAUGUGCUGCACAAUAGUUAAAAGUAGGCGCUUGUCUGGAUACGUAGUAAGAUCCAGCUGUACCAGGAGUGUCUUUCCAAGUAUAUACACCUCGUUGUGGAGAUCCAGCCAACUCUUGAAUAUUGUCUACUGUAUUAUUUAUACGAGGGUAAGAAGGUGGCCUUUCGUGGUCUCGUAGAAUGUCCCCUUCAGACAAAAACCUUCUUUGGGGACUGCGCUCUUGAUAUUCAUAAUGUUUAACAGAAGAAGCAACACUAAUAAAAUCUGGUCGUUUUACUUGAGUUGGAGUACCUGGAUUUGAUCUAAAAAAUAAUAAAAAAUACUUAAUACAGUGGAUUCUACUCAAUAUGUCCACUGGUUAAUGCAGAUGCCCGCCUAAAAUGGGAAUAUUGCUCUAGUUCCGAUUUCGAAUGUAUAAUGAUAUGCAUUUCAAUUAAAAUGUGCAACCGCUUAAUGUGUCCUAACAUGCCCGCAUUAAGCGGAAUCCACUGUACUGUAUUUACAUUCAGUUAUAAUUAAUGAUAAAUUAUUAGUUAAAGUGUUUAAAAACUUCA